ACUAAUCUCCUUGGCACAAUCGUUGCUUACGUGGGCAAAAAUUCAACUGUCAACAGUAAGAACCAUGGAGAGUAGGUGGGCAUAGCGGUGAGUGCCGCGGUGUACGAACUGAAGGUAGAGGAACUGUAAAAAUGUGGUUGAAACCGGAGGAAGUGCUGCUUAAAAACGCCUUGAAGCUCUGGGUGACGGAGAAGUCCAAUGAAUACUUCGUGCUGCAGCGGCGACGGGGGUAUGGUGACGGAGGAGGUCGAUUUGCAGGUCUUCUUGUUGGCACGCUGGAUGCAGUGAUGGAUUCAACAGCCAAAGUUGCACCAUAUCGCAUUCUGCAUCAAACACCUGACUCCCAAGUCUACUGGUCCAUAGCUUGUGGUGCCUCAAAAGAAGAGAUUGAGCAUCACUGGGAGUGGCUACAGCACAAUGUUAUGAAGACUCUUUCAGUGUUUGACUCCAGUGAGGAUAUCACUAGCUUUGUCCAAGGCAAAAUACGGGGUCUGAUCGCAGAGGAAGGAAAGACUUCUCUCAUCAGAGAAGAUGAUCCAGAGAAAUUUAGGGAGGCUCUCCUGCGCUUUGAAAAGUGGUUCAACUUGCCCAAGUCAGAGAAGCUGAUUAACUACUACUCUUGUAGUUACUGGAGGGGACGGGUUCCCUGUCAAGGCUGGCUUUACCUGAGCACCAACUUUCUUAGUUUCUAUUCCUUUCUACUUGGCGCAGAAGUGAAGCUGGUUAUUUCUUGGAAUGAGAUUUCAAAGCUGGAAAAAACCACCAAUGUUAUUCUAACAGAGAGCAUCCAUGUAUGUGCACGAGGAGAAGACCACUACUUUUCAGUCUUCCUGCACCUUAGUGAGACCUUCCUGUUAAUGGAGCAGCUUGCAGACUAUAGCAUUAAGAGGCUGUUUGAUAAGGAAACAUUUGAAGGGGACCCUGCCCUUUAUGAUCCUCAACAGAUCACAAAACGAGGGCUGGAAACACGUGCUCGCAAUGAGCAGUUCAGAACCUUCUUUCGACUGCCACGAGAGGAGAACUUGCUGGAAGUCCAUGAAUGCUUCCUCUGGGUACCGUUUAACCAUUACAACAUGCUGGGAAAAAUGUGUUUAUCUGAAAACUAUCUUUGUUUUGCAAGCCAAGAUGGCAGCCAAUGUCACAUUAUCAUUCCAAUGCGUGAGGUUAUUGGUGUUGAGACACCAGAUAACACCACCAAAGCAUUAACCUUGGUUGUAAGAGGGCAGAAAGCACUUCGCUUUAUGGAAGUCAUGGAUUUUCAGCGCUUGGCUGGGAUUGUUCGAGAAAAAUGUGGCACAUCAGGCAGCCCACAGCAUAUAGUCAGCAGACAGGCACACAUUGAAGGCUGCCCAGACCUCUUUGAACAUUUUGAAGAUAACUCAGGUGAAGAGUCACUCAUGGUUGGUCAGAAGGUCAGCAGUCGAACUGUCAGCACUGAGGCUUUGAUGAAUGUUUUCCACCCUCAGGAUUCAGAAAACCUUGACCCAAAAAUGCUGAAAGAAAAAAUGAAAGAACAGUCUUGGAACAUUCACUUUGCAGAAUUUGGUCGGGGAGUCAGUAUGUUUCGCACAAAGAAGACACGAGAGCUGAUUAUCCGUGGUGUACCCGAAGCUCUGCGUGGUGAGCUAUGGCUGCUUUUCUCUGGAGCAGUCAACGAUAUGGCCACACAUCCAGGUUACUACGCCAGGAUCCUGGAAAAGUGCAUGGGGGCUUGCACCUUGGCAACUGAUGAGAUUGAGCGGGAUUUGCACCGUUCACUUCCAGAACACCCUGCCUUCCAAAGUGACACAGGAAUCUCUGCACUUCGCAGAGUCCUUACUGCCUAUGCCUAUAGAAAUCCCAAGAUAGGAUACUGCCAGGCAAUGAACAUCCUGACAUCUGUUCUUCUCCUUUAUGCUAAAGAGGAAGAGGCCUUCUGGCUUCUAGUAGCUGUUUGUGAGCGGAUGUUGCCAGAUUAUUUCAAUCGCAGGAUCAUUGGUGCGUUGGUAGAUCAGGCAGUGUUUGAAGAAUUGAUCCGGGACCGUCUACCUCAGCUAACAGAACACAUGACUGACAUGACAUUCUUCUCUUCAGUUUCACUGUCCUGGUUUCUGACCCUCUUCAUUAGUGUUCUCCCGAUUGAGAGUGCAGUCAAUGUGGUUGAUUGCUUCUUCUAUGAUGGCAUUAAAGCAAUCCUGCAACUGGGCCUGGCUGUGCUUGACUACAACAUGGACCGUCUGCUCACUUGUCGUGAUGAUGCAGAGGCUGUCACUAUUCUAAAUAAGUUUUUUGAUAAUGUGACCAACAAAGAUAGCCCUUUGCCUCCUACUGUUCAGCAGGCUCCAACUGGAAAUGACGGCAAGAAGCUUCAUCCAAAAGUUGAUAUUACUAAUUUGAUCAGAGAAGCUUAUGAGAAAUAUGGUAAUAUACGAUCUGAGGAGGUGGACAGCAUGAGAAAGAGUAAUCGGCUGUAUGUCAUACAAACACUUGAAGACACUACAAAACAGAACGUGUUGCGGGUUGUUUCUCAGGAACUGAAGUUUGGUGUACAGGAGCUUGAGGACUUGUAUGAAUUGUUUAAGAAGCAGCAUUUCUUGAGUUGCUAUUGGACUGCAGCCAGCCCAUCUCUGAAGCACCAUGAUCCCAGCUUACCAUAUCUGGAGCAAUACCAGUUAGAUUGCCAGCAGUUCCUAGCACUCUAUUGUCUUUUGAGUCCCUGGUCCUGUAAGGUCAAUGAUGACGAUCUUGGCUUGAGAAUGUUCUACCUUCAAGAUGAAAAUCAGGAUGGCCUCAUUAAUUUCAGGGAGUUCUGCUGUGGAUUUGAUGUUCUGUAUAAUGGAAACUUUACAGAAAAGCUGAAGCUAUUAUUCAAACUACAUUUAAAUCAAGCUUUCACAGAAGUAGAGACAGAAAAUCCUAAUGUUACAAAAGGAAACAGUCUUACUAAAGAAGAUCUGACCCACCUGAGUCGCUUCACUGUGCCUUUGUCAGAUGUUGCUGAAGAUGGAGUAAUUCGAAAAAGCCCAGAAAAAGGAAAAGGGAAGAUUGACCUUCAAGCAUACCUCAAGCAAUGGCAAGAUGAGCUGCUCAGAAAGGAAGAAAGUAUUAAAGAUUUACCAAGAAUGGACCAGGCUCAAUUUAUUCAGUUCUCCAAGACGCUUUAUAAUCUCUUUCAUGGACAUCCAGAGGAAGAAUCUCUGUACAGAGCCAUUGCAACAGUUACAAGUCUCCUCCUUAAAAUGGAGGAAGUGGGUCGUAGACUGCAAAAGCCUAGCUCUCCUGCUGAAACCAGCAAAGCACCUAUACUGACUGGCCAGCCUGAGUCUACCACUCAAGGUGAAGGAGAAUCAACAAAUGUUGAUGAGGUAUCCAAGUUAAAAGACAGCCCUCCAGCCAACCAGGUCAAAAAAGAGCAGAUUGAGUGGUCGUUUGCUUUUGAACAGAUUCUUGCCUCUUUACUGAAUGAACCUGUCCUUGUCCGAUUUUUUGAAAAGCCAGAAGACUUUGCAGCCAAACUAGAAUUUGCAAAAAAGAACCAGUUCAAAUCCCAAAUAAAGUAAUAAAACUUUUGAAACACAAAGUUUUAAGAAUUGAUGAGCAAUAGGUUUCAGUAAUUUCCACCUCUUAGGGCUGGUUGUUGAAUAGGAGAUAAUUUAAGAGAUGCUAGAAGCCAUUUGCUUUGUUGACCUGUGGGCAGCUGUGUGUUUUAGAUGGGUUUACUGCUUGCACAUGAUUUUUUUUUCUCUGUAGAUAUUUUUCUGCAGCAAUUUUGCCAUUUUCUAUGCUACAGAGAUAUACUCAUGUGGUAACUGCCUAUUUUUAAGCCUUAAAAGUGAGAGUUCAAGAAUCAUAAAUAAUGAAAAGUUCUACUUCUAGAAGUGAAAUAUAGCCUUUCAGAUGAUAGGGUGGUCAUACUUAGUCUGUUGCAUGAUUAUUCAUAAAGUGAUGUUUAUGAAUAUUAACAUUCAUAUUUUGAUGAUGUACAGUGUACUACAUUUCAGUCUAGGUCCUCCAUGUUUGGAGGUAGUAAGGGAAAGUGUCAUGCAAAAGCACUGUAAAUGGGAAACCGGAAGAAAAUGUAAUUAAGUUUUUGGAAAUUGACAUUUUUUGCUAAUAAAUUGCUAAUAUGGAAGGAAUCAGAA